AUGCCCGCACCCCGACGUGCACGAUCGCCCCUUCGAAGCGCGGGCCACUGCAGCCGCACAUUAAAAUUCAACGGCCGUUUUAGCACCGGGCACCGCACGGCGGAGCACGACCCCCCUCGCGGCGCGGCGAGGCGCCGCCCGCUGAAAAUCGAAGGAGCGCGGAGGGCCGGCAGCGCUGCGGCGAGACGAGACGACACGACACGACACGGACGCCGGCGCCACCGCUGCCGCUGCCGCGAGGGAGCCGGCGAGCCGCGCCCCCGCUGCACCGCCCACGCCAUGCGCGUUCUUACGCCCACGCCUCGUGCCGCGCCGCGAUUUCCACUCACGCACCCACUGCCCACACAACACGCAUUAGAUUUCAAUGGCGGGUGUGUAGAUUGCGGGGGAAAAUACACGGGUGCUAAAGAUGCGUCCGAACGAGUGAGGUCGCGAGCGGUGGCAGGCCAACAGGCCGCAAGUUCGAUGCUUGCGCCCGGCCACAUGGCGCGCUCACAGUCCUCCAUCUGCUGCGCGGUCGCCGGCCGGCCGCUGCCGGGCUGGGCACUCACCGAUGGCUUUCCGGUGCUUGAUGUGCUUUUUGAUGUUGAGGGCCUCGGCCGCUUUGGCCUGAACGUCCAUAGCGGGCGGCGUGGCGGCGUCGCGGAGCGCGUAUCCGAUCGCCGGCUGGUAGGCGUGACCUGGCGCGGCCGACUGACGCGGCGCAGCGCUGCCGCUCGCGGGAGGCGGCGGCGGAGGCCGCGACGCGCCGCCACCACGCCCUCGCUGUCGCUGACACGUUCCGAGCGCCCAUUGGCUGCGCCGAGCGCAACGGCGUUGCUAGGCGACCGGACGCGCCGCCACCGCCGCCACCGACAGUCGUCUGGGCGAAGAGCCUUCCACGGGAUCGCGUAA